GAAUCGAUUGUCAUUACCAAAGAAGUUCACUGGUUCUUCUCGUCACUUUCUCGUCUUCUUCUUUCUGAUUUACGCGGUUUGAAUGAUUAUAAAUAAGUUGCCAUUAGAAGAACCAGAUCAUCAGCAAAACAGAGUACAACAUUGUACGACGCACAAAUCAAAGUUAGCAUCCAUGGCUGUGAGUAGAAGAAUUCACGUCGAAUCGACAAAACGAAGAGGGAUUUCUCGAUCCACAGGGCCAAGGAAGCAGAAAGAAUUGAGAAUAAACACGAAGCGAUUGAAAGUGGAGAUGGCGGGGAUCAGUAAAGAUCAGAAACGAAUUAGAAAAGACCAAACAGAAACACGAGGGAAGUUGGAACAAAUUAAAGAGCAAUGCGCCAGGUUGAGAGAGGAAACGGAGGUGAUUGCGAAGCAGAAAGCUCGGAAUCAGCUUCUGCUCGCUCUUGUAUUCAAAAUCCUCAAGGCUCGUGAAGCAGGGGACUUCACCACUGCAGUCAGUCUCACUCGGGCCCUCAGGGAGGUGAUACAGAAGCAAGGAAACAAAUAAAGGAAUUGCAGUGAUUGAUAAAUAAAGUCUCAGAUUUGUGCUAAAUAAAAAUAUGAUAAUUAUUAUAAUAAGGUUUGGGUUUGCCUUUUUUUUGUUUUUUUUUAAGCGACAAACCAACUGGGUGUGAGAGAGAAGGAGAGUUUGGUGAAUAAAUGGUCAGUUAAUCUAGAAGGUUUCCUCAAGAUCACUGUACUUAAGUGUGAUUGUAUUUUUUUUUUUUUUAAGGCCUUGUAAUUUGUUGAAUGGUGUCAAAGUUCAAAAUUAUAGUAGUGUUGUGAUGUUGUUUUAAAGUGUUGUAAAAUUGUAUAAUUGUUAAACAUUAAUUGAAAUUAAUAAUUUUACUACUA